AUGAAGUUCCUCCUCCCCAUCACCCUCCUCGCCGCCGCCGUCGCCGCCCAGACCACCGCCGUCUCCUCCGGCGGCACCGUCAAGUGCGACGCCGAGAACAUCGUCGAGACCUGCCUGCAGUCCGAGAACGCCAAGGUCCAAGCCUGCUCGCCCACCGACUACGACUGCCAGUGCGCCGCCUACCAGGCCGUCGCGACCUGCUACAACAACUGCCCCAAGGACGUCCGCGCCGCCCCCGCCCAGCAGCAGGUCGGCAUCUACUGCCAGCAGGCCUCCCUCUACGGCUCCGCCGCCCAGCGCAAGACCCAGUCCGUCGCCUCCGGCACCGCCUCCGCCGCCGUCGCCUCCCACUCGGCCACGCCCACCGCCACCGACGACGCCGCCUCCACCACCGCCUCCGUCUCCGCCACGAGCACUCCUAACCUGGGCGUCGGCCAGCUCGCCCGCAACACCGGCGGCGUCCUUCUCGCCGUCGCCGGUGUCGUUGCCGCCGUCCUCUAA